GGAGGGUCUAAAAAGAAAAAAAGGAAAAAGAAAGGGCAAGGAAGAGGAGGGAGCGUAGUAGGGUAAAGCAAAAGAAGAGGUCUUUCUCAUACACAGAUCCCUAUGGAAAGCGGGAACGUUGCCCAGCAUUGCUUGCUGGAACUCAUUCUUUUUGUUUAGUUUAAAGGAACUCGCUUUGUUCUCUUUAGAAAUCUUUUCAGAGAGAGAGUGAGAGAGAAAGAGAAAGAAAUAGAGCAUAGAUUCAGUUGCAGAAGUUUGGAUUUGUUUAGAGGAGUGGAUAGAUUUGGUCCAAUCAAAUUCUGCAGCUAACAAACAAAAAAAGAUAACCAGUUUCAAAGUAGAGGGGAAAAAAAAAAAGCCUCAAAAUUUCUUUUUUUAAAAAUAUAUUUUUUUGAUAUGAUUAGUUUAUUUGUUUCCCAAUGAUUGAGUUGCUUUGCCUUAAGUGAAACUUGCCAAGAAUCUGUUGUGAUGCUGCUGAGUGGGAAAGAAGAGCAACAUUAUCUGUUGUGAUGCCGCUGAGUGGGAAAGAAGAGCAACAUUGAGAGGAAAAAAAAAAAAAUGAAGUCCAUGAAUAAUGAUGAUGGUAACAAUAACAACUGGUUGGGUUUCUCUCUCUCUCCUAAUAUGAAGAUGGAGGUCUCUUCUGACCCUCAUCACCACCACCAACACCAAACACACUCCUCUUCUUCUUCUUCUACUUCUUCAGCUGCUGUUUCCCAUUGUGUUCCAACUGAUUUCUUCCAUUCUUCUCCUUAUGGGAUAUACUAUGGUGGAGUUGAAGGAGAAAAUGGGGGUUUUUAUUCUCCUCUAUCUGUUAUGCCUCUUAAGUCUGAUGGGUCUCUCUGUAUAAUGGAAGCUCUAAGCAGGUCUCAGCCUCAAGCAAUGGUAACAACUUCUACUCCAAAACUAGAGGACUUCUUUGGGGGAGCAACUAUGGGGACCCAUCACUAUGAAAGCAAUGACAGAGAAGCUAUGGCUCUAAGCUUAGACAGCAUUUUUUAUCACCAAAACCCAGAAAAUGAGCCAAACGAUCAUAAUUUGCUGAACCAACUCCAGCAAAACCACCCACGGCACCAGCAAGAUCAACCUCACGGGCAGAUAGAGAACCAGCACUACUCUUAUUACUCUGCUCUUAGAAGCCAGGAUUUGAUGUUGGACAAUUCUAAAGAAACCCAUAUUGCAGAUUGUAACCUUCAGCUUCCGCCAAUGACGGAUGAUGGUGUUUCUGACAUGAAGAGCUGGGUUUCAAGAAACUAUUCAGCUAACCAAGUUGGUUGCAUGGGUGAUAAUGGUGGUGAAUCUGGGUCUGUUGGUGGAAUGGCUUAUGGAGAUUUGCAAUCCUUGAGCUUAUCCAUGAGCCCUGGUUCCCAAUCGAGCUGUGUGACCGGUUCACAGCAAAUCUCAUCCACUGUGACUGAUUGUGUAGCUAUGGAUACGAAGAAAAGAGGCCCUGAAAAGGUGGAUCACAAGCAAAUCGUUCAUCGGAAGUCCUUGGAUACAUUUGGGCAGAGAACUUCUCAAUAUCGAGGUGUAACAAGGCAUAGAUGGACUGGUAGAUAUGAAGCUCAUCUGUGGGACAAUAGUUGUAAGAAAGAAGGUCAGAGUAGGAAAGGAAGGCAAGUUUAUCUGGGAGGUUAUGAUAUGGAAGAAAAAGCUGCAAGAGCUUAUGAUCUCGCAGCGCUCAAGUAUUGGGGACCCUCUACUCAUAUUAAUUUCCCAUUGGAAAACUAUCAAAAAGAACUUGAAGAAAUGAAGAACAUGACCAGACAGGAAUAUGUUGCUCACUUAAGAAGGAAAAGCAGUGGAUUCUCUAGGGGUGCAUCAAUAUACAGAGGAGUAACAAGACAUCAUCAGCAUGGAAGAUGGCAAGCUCGGAUUGGCAGAGUUGCCGGGAACAAAGAUCUAUAUCUUGGGACAUUCGGCACUCAAGAGGAAGCAGCCGAGGCUUACGAUAUAGCAGCCAUAAAGUUUCGAGGUUUAAAUGCUGUAACCAACUUUGAUAUAACGAGGUACGAUGUGGAUCGAAUCAUGACGAGCAACACCCUUCCUGCUGGAGAACUCGCCAAGCGGAACAAGGAGACUACAUCUGGUAGUGAAGCUUCGGAUCACAAUGCUGGUACUAAUAGCAGCAUUAAUGAGGAAACAAAGAACAACAAUGAAGGUGGAUCGGAUUGGAAGAUGGCACUGUACCAGUCGACUCAGCAUCUCGAUGAGAAACCAUUAUGCAUGGAGACUUACAAAUCCCAAGCUUACUCAGUUGCCCCUGACAACUUGAUUCAUCAUCAAGAGAUAGAAGACUCUGCGAAAAUGGGAGCUCACUUAUCGAAUGCUUCAUCAUUGGUGACGAGUUUAAGCAGCUCGAGGGAAGGCAGUCCAGAUAAAAGCAGUCUUCCAACGCUUUUCGGAAUGCCUCCAUCUGUAUCCAAGUUCUUUUCAUCGUCAAGUCCAACCAAUGCUGUGAAUUCUUGGAUUCCAUCAGCUCAGCCAAGGCCUACAAUCUCUUUGCCUCACAUGCCAAUUUUUGCAGCCUGGACGGAUACAUAAACUUGGUUAUCAAAAAAACUUAUUCUGUCAAAAGGUUUUUGAAUGAACAAAACUUAAGAAAGAAAAGAGAUAGAUAGUUGAAGUAGAUUUUCUGUAGUGGAGACAAAAAGAAGGGGGUGGUUAAUGGCAUGCUUAUUUGGGACCUGUUCAUGUACAAGAAGAAAAAAGAAUUUUCACUCAUCUUUUUAGCCAAUCUUGUUCCAAAAAAAGAAAAAAAAAAAUCUUAAAAAGAAAUGGAGGGAAAGCAAAUUAAAGGAGAUGAAUUGAAGACUGAAGGGUUUUUUUAAUGAAAUGAUUUUAUAAAGUAAUAUUAUGGGAAUGAGGGGUAUUCAUAAUUAGAUUCAGCUUUUUUAAUGGGUCCUGUUUAAGUACGAGAACCAGCUCAGUUUGUAUCCCAAUGAUGAAGAAGAAUAUGAAUGAUCUUUUCGUUUUGAGCC